GGAGACAAGUAUAGCCUUCAAGGGGGAUAACUCUCGUAUAUGAUAACGUCCAAAAUGGCGUCAGAACAUAUGAAGGUUUUGAUACAGAAGAAAGAUGCUAUUGAAAGUGAAAUAAAAGAGAUGAGCGAUGUUCUUGAAUCUCAAAAGGGUGUGGGGAUGAAAGGACCUCUUGUGGAUGCUGAAGGUUAUCCAAGAGCAGACAUAGACAUCUUUAGUGUCCGCCAUGCACGUCACAGAAUUGCAUGCCUGCAAACUGAUCACACAAACGUGAUGAAGGAGAUAGAGGAGGAGCUGCAUCGCAUUCACCUCCAGGUCCGACAACAGAGAGGCCAUGAGGAGAUGCCAAUGGAGGUGUCCCCAGCUGUGUCGCCAAGCAACCAGGCCCAACCCUUUGCCAGAAUAGACAGAGUUGAUGCUACUUCUCCAGCAGCUGUCGGGGGUCUGGAAGUGGGAGAUGAAAUAGUACAGUUUGGCUCUGUGUCAGCUGAAAAUUUCAGGAAUCUACAGCAGAUUGGGGAAGUGGUACAGCAUAGUGUUGGUCGCCCAAUACGUAUUCAAGUACUAAGAAAUAAUCAACCACUUGCUGUCAGCAUAACACCAGGACCAUGGAGUGGGCGAGGCAAUCUGGGGUGCAACAUAAUUGCUAUCAAGAGAUGAGUUUGUAAACAGUGCAGGUGUUUUGUUCAUGAGAAUCAUACAGUUUUUCAAGGAUUGUUCCUGCUUGAAUGCUUCUGUAACAAAGCUGAGAGUCUGUAAAUCAAGCCUUCGUCAUAUUCUAGUUGCAUUUCCUUUUGGGUUAACUGCAACAAUUUUUAUGCCAGUGGUAUAGUCAAAUAUGCUGAUUAAUUUUUUUUAACCCUUUGCAGUUCAAAAUUUAGUAGGCGUGGUUUUUCAAUGAAAGAACAAAGUGUACUGUGUGCAGUCCUGACACCAGAUGUAUGUGGGUACUGAGGCCAUAGCUUAGUUCUCUUCAUGACUAGGAGGUGCAUAAGGACUGAUGCUAUUAGUCAAGUGAUAUUAUUAUAGAAGCUUAUUUUGUAGUUAUAGACCUUCGUUGUGGAAAUAUGAGAGAUACAUAAUAAAGAGAAAAUCUACCCUUUAACCCAG